GGAAAGGUGAUUGCAGUUGUUUCAGUUCCGUUUGCGAGGUUGACUCUGAAUAAGAUGAAAAUUCUAUCGAUUGCGUUUCUGCUGGGUCUCUUGGCACUGGCCAGUGCAACCCCUCUGAGACCUGGAGAUGUGAUAAUCAAUGGACAUUGCAUCAACUGCAAUGUGCACGGAGGUUGAAGCAGCUACAAUUUUAAAUGUUUACCUGAAUUGUCUCAUAAAGCGAAAAAAUGCUGAAAUAGAAAA